GUUGACACCGCCAUGACACAGUGGGUGACACAAGCUGCACGCUCACCCACUGUCGCUGCUGACUGUCACGUGUGCCACCCUUAUCAACGGCAGCCACUUACAGUCCGUCUUGAGCCCGUGCACUGUGCGGGUCUUGAUGUCUUUCCCGGGUAUCCCCGCCUCCCCGCGGGUACAUAGGUUUAGUGUCUUUGCGGGAUUUGCAAGGUGUAACGGAAACUCCGUGUACAGACAAUCUUCAGAAAGAUGCCUUCGUUUGUGGCUGUCUUGGAGUCAGCCUUGACCUUGGUGGCAGUGCUGGGCGCAUGCGCCGCGAACGUGCCUGCCUGUCCGGGUGGCCACUACCUCAGCCGAGCGCACCGCGAGUGCCGCAAGUGUGACGCGUGUCCACCCAACGAGAUCAUCCGCAAGCCGUGCUUCAGAAGACAGCAACACCAUGUGCCGACCCUUCUUUGAGUUCCACCAGUUCCACCAGGCGCCGCGACCCAGCGUUGACCUCCAGGAUCUACCGUUCUCACACGACGACGACGACAGCGAGGGAGCCAGCGAGGACGGGAUCGACUGGCCAGACGGCGCUGCCUUCGACUACCUCAGCAACCUAGACGAUGAGACCAGCAGACACAGCAACAACGCCCGCGAGAAGCACGGCAAGGGCCAGCACCGACACUCCGGCAGACACAAGGGGAAGACAACCGAGACAGGGCAUCCGGUCGGUGACGCCGUGUCCUCGCGGGUUCAGGGGUCAGGUCACAGCGAGUGCGGAGGGGAGACGGGAGGACAGGCACCCAGCGUGCACAACACCGAGACGUGCGACUCGUACUGGAAGAUCACCUCGCUCUGCCUCAUCGGCGUGCUGGGCAUCGUCUGCGUCUUUCUCAUCGUCUUCAUCUUCGUCGUGUGUCACCUGCAGAACAGACGAGGUUACCUGAAGAAAGUGCUGUACAGUGUAGACAUGGAUCCCACAGGUCGGUCAGUGCCAGUCAGCAACCACUACAUCCCAGUGUUGACACAAGCGUCACCAAGCGGACGUGACGCACAGCGCUCAGGCCCCACGUCAUCGCGUGACGUGCUGGAGCCCUCCUACGUGUAUUCAGACGACUACGACGCCGACCACAGCGGCCAGACGGUGUCAACCACCAAAUCCUCCGACUACGUGUACUUCAAAAGCCCACAGAAUGGCAACUUCUGCGAGGUGUAGUCGCGCCAUUGAGGACACUAACAACCGCCCACCUGGCCUCAGGUGUCUGGUGACAACGGACACCUUGUUGAUGACACGUGACUGAGUGCUGAUGGGACUGAACAGGUGGUGGACUGGAUAUUUUCAGAAGAAGACUUGAAGGGAAACGAUACUUGUCUAUGUCCCCCUGCCCCUCACCGCCAUCUGACACUGUUUUGUUGCAGCCGAGCGCGUGGGGACUGUGAUGUUGAUAUACACUUCAUAUGUACAUGGCCCACCCCACCCCACCCCACCACUCCCACCUUGUUGGUUGAGACGGUUGAGCUGUGCGGACGAACGGUUGAACCUACUGUGACCCUCAGGGGUUACGACCAUUUAACAUAUCAAAUUAGUUUGUUAGACAAGAAACAGUGUUUGUUGGUUUGCUUGCUUAAGUGCUUAGAAGGACCUGGUCACGGCAUCUGCUUCACCCACAGGGAGGGGGAUGAAUGGAGGAAGCUUCUGGAGCAAGCAGCUUCGUCUCACGUGCAUGCGUGGUGUUCGAUAUCUGCUGCAUGGGUGACAGAGGUGUAGACAGUGGACACACGUGUUGUGUGGAUAAUGUGUGGCACCUGGUCCUUGUGAUGACGUGUCGCUCACACUCUACAGCGGAAACCCUUCAUGCAUCUUUGGCUUCUCCCCUCCCUCCUUUCGUCUGUCUUUCUCAGUCUCUCCCGCAUACUAACCCCUGUCAACUGUUACCUUGGUUUUUGUUUGUUUUUCUCACAAGACUGUUGUUCUUGCUGAUUAUCAGGGACUUAUUUUCACCCACAGUGUCAGGAGUCCACAAUGUGAAUGCAUGUACACACAAGUAAACAACAUCCACACACGCGCGCACACACACAUACACACACACAGUGCACACACACACACACACACGUGUCUAGGACUUGAUGUUAAUGCCCCUGACUCUCGUCACGUGGCAUGAGGAUGACAAGCAGCUUGCAGCUGUAACCAGUUGUAGCGGCUGUAACCAGGCCCAGCAUUUCCGCCUCCACCUCUCGCCACUGGUUACUUCCCCCUGCCACGCCGCGGCGCUAACGUUCUUCCCUCUGACCUCUCACCUGCGGCCUCGCUCUGGUUGGCACAUGGUGCACGUGCAGUGCUGCCCCACCACCACCACCACACUACCCUCACCCUCAUCAAGAGGGAGGAGGAGGGGAGGACCACAGUAACAGUCACUGGUCAGGUUUGAACCUCAGGCGCAACUUCCUUCUGAUGACGUGGGGGUCACGUGAUACAAACGGGCCUCCAUUAACCAGCAAUACUUCGUGGAACAUGUGGUUGCAUGGCAAUUUGUUUGUUUGUUUGUCAAGCAGAUAAACAAUUGCAUGUAUCAGUUCCUAAUCCAGAAGGUAGCCUAACCCAUUGUUAGAGGCGUUAGUUGCUGUGGUAGCCUGCCAACAGUUGUUACUGUCACCGAUACUAGUUAUUAUUCCUCUGUGCUUGUGUGCGCACGUGUUAGUGGUGUGUGUGUGAGUGGUGUUUGUGUGUAAGAGCUGGAGGCUGAAUGAACACAAUGGCUGUAUGUAUUCCAAACAUUUACCAGUACAGUGGACAGUGAUGGCAAAACAAAACAUUUUUGUGGCGUGUCGCGCGCGCAUCUUUGCUUGCUGGGCUGCACGUGGCGUCCUGCCUCCUCCUGCCCACACGUGUCGCAGGUCUGAAGUCUUCUUACAGAAUCAUCAGCAAGUUUAUAGACAAUGUUAACUAAUGUUAACUGAGAGAAAUGUUAUGAGUGGAAAGGAGAAGCCAGUGCUCAUGCAGCCCAGACUUAGUUUAUACAUUUGUUUAUGUUUAUGUUUUUGUUUUGUUGAUUGAUUUGCUUGUUUUGAGAGGGAAGCCGGUCUACAAGCUGCCUGGUGUGUUUGCAGUGUGGCCUGCAAUUCCAAAGUCGCUUUUCUGGCAUUAGUCAGGCUGUGUGGCAUAGACAGGCUGUUGUUGCACUCUGUGUAUGGCUGUUUACUUCCGCCAUCAGUUGUCUCCAAAGAUGUGUAAACAUGAUUGACAUUAAUCAAAAACUUUUGUUUGUGAAAACAGGCACUGGGUGUGGGUCUCAGGUGUCUAGGGUUCCUUUUGUUGUGCAAAUAUUCAUAAACUUGAUAAACCUGACACAGGAUAUCAACAUGUCUAACAUCAACCAAGCAGCGUUGAUAUUUGUUUGUUUAUUAUUUGUUUAUUUUUAUUAUUUUUUAUUUGUUUAUUAUUAUUUUGUUUGUUCAGCAUCGCUGGUUCUAAAUCAUCUAUUAAUGUAGGAUGGGGAAUAAUUAUUAUGUAAUCACAUCGAAAAUCUAUUUUAUUUAUGUAUUUUGGGAGAUGAUGACAGAUCCUUAUUUAGUUUAGUUCUGAUGUACAUAGUAAGUGCUGUUGGUAGCAAAGUACACAUUGAUGCUGACAUCUUGUUUAUCGCCGUGGAAUUCUGACUGUUCUAAAUAAAAUGGAACUUUUCAAAAACACUUUUAAAAA